UUGAGAAUUAUAUUCACGAACAAUACAGCAAAAUGAACGGAUACAAACAGUACAUAAAAUUGCCCGUGUAUUCCAUCCCAAACUCACAGUUUUACGUUAGAAGGAUCUUCCAGUAUUUGACGCCAGAUGGCAAUACUGUCGGUCAUAUGGCCAAAGAGGGACCGGUAUUUAAUAUGUCAAUAUCAAACGUGACAGUUUCCGUGGGAAGAGAAGCAGUGCUGGCUUGUGUCGUCGAGAAUCUUUCUGUUUAUAAGGUGGCCUGGUUACGGGUUAACACACAGACGAUUCUUACUAUCGCCAGUCACGUUAUCACGAAGAAUCAUCGAAUCGGCGUCACUCAUAGUGAUCACAGAACGUGGUACCUGCACAUACGCGAUGUUCAUGAAUCCGAUCAAGGGGAUUACAUGUGUCAGAUAAACACGGAUCCUAUGAAAAGUCAAAUUGGUUAUUUGGCUGUUGUCGUACCGCCGGACAUUCUCGACUACCCCACAAGUACGGAUAUGGUGGUACGCGAGGGCAGUAACGUGACUUUACGUUGCGCUGCUACUGGAUCACCCACCCCCAACAUUACGUGGAGGCGCGAGGGUGGAGAAUUAAUACCCCUCGGGAAUGGUCAAGAGGUGGCAAGCAUCGAGGGUUCGGUCUUCAACAUUACCAGGGUUAAUCGACUGCACAUGGGGGCCUACCUUUGCAUUGCGUCUAAUGGCGUUCCGCCUACAGUUAGCAAACGAAUUACACUUAUAGUACACUUUCCACCGAUGAUAUGGAUACAGAAUCAAUUAGUGGGAGCUCGAGAGGGACAGGAAAUGACGCUCGAGUGCAACUCUGAAGCAUAUCCAAAGUCAAUUAAUUAUUGGACACGCGACAAGGAUGAAAUCAUAGCAAAUGGCGGAAAAUACGAACCUGUACUUCUGGAUAAUGCAUACAAGGUACACAUGAAACUCACGAUACGAUCUGUCGGACCGUCCGACUACGGUUCGUACAAAUGUGUAUCAAAGAAUUCACUGGGUGGUACGGACGGGAGUAUCAAGCUGUACCGUAAGUAUGUUCCGUCGCCUACGACACUGCCGGGAAUUAGCAGCACUACGCCAAUGCCGACUGUGGAGAGGGUGGAGAAGAAGCAGCGGUCCAGGCAAAAAAUUCCACCGAGUUCCGUGCCCAACGUUAACGAGGUCAUGGAUGCUUCUAAAUCCGCAGCCAAUAGAAAUGAUCUGCGACUUCGCGGCAGGCAGAGCGACGAGAGUCGCAGGAACGAUAAUGACUUGAGUCGCUCGGCUGACGUCACUGGACAACAAAACGACAACACGGCGCAAUCAAUGUCAUCGACUGGACACAUUAGAUUUUCCUUGGUAUCGUCCGAAAGCAUCGUUUACGUGAUUUUGAUAAUGACGAUAUCGUAGUCGGUGGGGAAUUAUGAAAAUGGAGUCUGAUCGAAUGAGAAACAAGAUCAUGGGCUGCGUCAUUACGACAAUUGAUUCGCCCUAAUUAAUGUAGUUCAUUGAAAUUGGAAAAAUAUUGGAUUCUUCUUUCUUUCCAAUAUUCAAGAUUCAUCAAACGUACCUGCGAACGGUCUCUGUCGAUCCGGAUAAUUAGAGAUCCUCGAAAGGAUUUGUCUUAUAGACUAUUUCCUAUCACUCAUUCUGAUUCUCCUUGGUGAUGUAUAUGAUGUCAUCUGCAUCCUUGCGCCAUAAGAUCCCAUACUCAUUUCCCUUGGGGAAUUCGUUACCGGAGUUCAUCAGAACGUUCUCACCACGCGGAAAUCGCUCUUGACUCAAUACCUAUCAUCUUUGAUGGGUCAUCUUAUCUGAUAUGAUCCAAGAUUGCGUUCAUUUCAAAAUAAUGUACGAUGAUUAUCAUCGUCGUCAAAACGAAUUUUCUUAUUGGACUUUUAAUUUCGUUUUUUCUUUUAUUAUUAAAUUCCGGAUUGCACUCUGUCGUAUUUCAUUGACAUUUGCACCGUAAAUGUCAGAUUUAAUGACCGUAGGUCACGCAGACAACAACGCGAAUUUAGUGGCUGAAAAUUAAUUUCAGGUUUCACGUAUCCCGUGACGUCACUCACUCGAGACUCGAAGGAUACGAGCUUAUCGAUUCUUUUAGCAUUAAAAUUUUUUAUUAUUUUACGACUGGGACGCGAAUUUUUUGUCACGACUUCUCGAGUUUCUUCAGGGGUAUCUGAUUAAUCGAUCAAUGGAUUUCUGUCCAGGAUCAUGGUUUUGGCUACGACGCAUGUCUGUGGUUGUCAAAUGAAAUCAUUUUUUUUUCUCAAAAUAUUCUCAAUUUCAUUUAGGAUUUCAUUCUGUAUUUACAUCGCUAAGUCCACAUGGCUAAUUUAGACAAUUCUCUUUAUCCUGAUUAAUAUAGACGUAGCAGCCUAGUUAUAAAGUCAAAAAAGGAACCAAUUCAUUUUACCGAUGAAAUCUUAAGAAGAAUGUAUUUUGGAAUCGUCUUCGUUUAAUCUUCCGAACGUCACAUAUCACUUUAGUGUUUUUUUUUAACUAUAGUGAGUGAGUCUUUUCUUUUGAAACUUACUUCCCGUAUUGAGCUCGCAGCAAAUAGUUACUGUGUAAUAUAAUAUUUUUAUGAAACAUCACGCUCAAGCAUUUCAUUAGAAUACGUAUGAGGUAUAUAACAUCGUCAUUAAUUAAAAAAAAUGUAAUCAUUGUACGUAUCCAUGUUAACGUACAACGGGCAUAGACGUAUUUUAAGAAUAACUAAAACGAAGCGACAAUUUGUGUUUGUUUACGAGAAAUUGUUAGUGUCAUUGUGUACAGUGCAUAAGAUUCUACAGAAACUCGAGACUAAUAAGCAAAACUACGUAAGGUCAUUCGAAAAAUCGUGUAAAUUUCACCAAGUUUAAGUACUCGAAUGUCCCUGUAUAUAAGAUCAGUAAUACACAAUAAGAAACAUAUUGUAAUGGGACUCUAAUGUGAUAAGGAUAGAAAAAAGUAAUGUAAAUAUUAACUUUAAUCAAUAAUUUUUAGCAUUGUUAUAAAUUGUCAUUAAGACAAGCUGUAAAUAUUAAUUGUUAGACGUUAGCGUAUUUAUGUAUAUCAACAUAUUAACAUACUUUACACAGUUGCAUGUGAAACACGUGUACAUAAAAAUCGAUGCGAUUAAUUUCUGACGAAGUGCAUUUGUUUUUUUUUUUUAGUAUUAAUAUUAGGAUUUAAUUAAUCAUGAUAGUGUCAUCGAUGUAGCGCGAUAACGCAAACCAGCCUAUUUUCUGUCCACGAUUUACAUUAGAUUUGCAUAUGAAUUACCCAACGACCUCAAUUGCUCGCUGCCCAUUGAGAACACGUGCUACCAUAUGAAUCAUAUGAGUAUGUAUAAUUAUUUCUUGCGUUGUUCUGUAAUUGCGCGAAACACGCGUUACCUACCAAGGAUUAAGUACUAAUCGAGAUUCUGUAAAAUAUUUUUUUGAGGCAUCGAUAAAGUAAGAUGUAUUUAUUGUAAUAUUGUAAAAUAAUAACGCCUUUAUGUAUUAAUCAUGCGUACCACCAUGUGAGCAAAAGAAUUUUAGACAAGAUAUCACGUAAAGUCAUUCAUUCAAUCAUGGGACAACUGGCACUAUGUUUUCUCAGUGUACCGCGUGAAAUAUUAAUUCACAAAAUAAUACAGUUUCCACAUAAGAGAUUUCAACCUACGAUAUAUUUUUACCCAGCAGUAAAAUGUCAUUUAAAAUGGCCACUGCGAAAGGCUUUUUAAUAUAAUUUGUAACAAGCUUUGUCGUAACUUUAACUGUGAGUUUUCGCAGGAUAAUUAUGCUCGUGACCAAUAUCCUAUAACGAACGUAAAGUUUCUUUGGUGCAUUCAACAGUUUUAACGAAGCUACUAUAGAAACUCUAAAAUAACAGGUAAUUGUCUAAACUGGCAAAUAUAUCAUACCAUCAAUGAGGUCGAGUAAUUGCGAAAAAGUUUACAAUCUACAUUACGGUUCCGUGUGCUGCAAGGUGAGAUUACGGUGAAAAGAAGAUAUUUUAAUAGAGUACACUUUAUUUACAAUCGUAAUCGCUUUUAGUUGUACAAAUAUAAUAGUGUAUUCGCAUUAAUCUUUAAGUGUAGGUAUAUAAUUCUAAAUUUAUCCUUAGAUCUCAAAAGCUUUACACUGAUCCAUGUUACCUUAUGUAUCUCAUAACGAGUGAUACAACAACGACAGUCUCAUGUUACGAUAUUUUCUUUUGGAAGCUAUCCACCUGUUUUCGAAAAAUUUUCGACUACUCGAAAUAGUUAUCAGGUGGACUUUUUUUUCUCUUCUAAUCUUAUCUAAUAUUCGGAUAAUCUCUCUUUCUCUCUCUCGCACUCACGCGACUAUCAAAUCAGUUAAAAUAGUAAAAUCUCAAUGAAUUUUGAACGGCCUCGUCCUAUAAAGCUACGAACGCCAAGUAUAACGUAUCUUUCUAUUUUGUUGCAGUCUUCUUGGUACGUCUUUUUAUUUCUUUGCUGCCUUCGUCACGUGCCAACAAAGUCCAUAUGCACUGAAUGCUCACAUGUACUUUGAUGCAUACGAAGGAUGCAUACGUCGCGGGUAGUCCCCCUUACGACUCAUAAAAUAUGAGACGGUCCUUCUGUAUCUGAUAUAAAUUUCUCUCAUGCAACAUAUUUGUCUAUGAAAGCUGGCGAUAUAUCAUACAGAUAUAUCGUAUUUGUAUCUACGUCACAUACAUCCUACUCGUAUCCACGAUACUCCAAAGCAGAGACAGAGGCGAGCAGAAAAUAUUAUAAGAUCUUGAGGCAAAGCAAAGGCUUAACGAAAGUACAUUAUACAAGUAUUAUUGACAUUUGAGAGCGAAGAAAAUAAUUUUUUUUUAUUUUCCUCCUUAAUCCGUGGUAUUAAUCAUACUUGCAAUCAACAUGAUAUAAUGACUAUUAUUGUAUAUUUCAAGAAAACGGAUGGAAAUACUCAUUAGGUUUACAUUGAUAAUCACGAAAAUAAGGUAAAUACGUAUUUUUCAAAAACUAUCAGAAAAUCUACUCGGGCGUGUAAAAGAUGAAUCGAUCACAAGAAACACUGAUAAUACGAAGAAAAAGAAGAAGACGCUUAAAUUAGGAGCAAUCCAAGAUAAACGUCUCAAAUAUAUACCUGACAUUGGAAACUUAUUGGAUCUACGUGUUACGUGAAUAAAACGUAUGCCUGAGUUUAUCAGAUCGUCGUCAGCCCAGCGAACAAUUAAGUGAUUUUACUUAGCACGUGUAUAAGAAGCACGGGGAAUGCAUCCUCUCUGUACACUAUAGUGUACCUAUUAAUAGUCUUAU